UUGCCGCUAAAUCUAAAUGUACUGCAGCGUUUUUGUUGGCAAUUCCCCGCAGUCUGGAUAAAGCAACGAGAGUAAAAUACGUGUGGUGUUAUUUGGAGCUGCAGCUGAAAUGGGAAUCUCUGGACUUCUUCAGUUCAUUAAAGAUGCGUCAGAGCCCAUCAGUGUGAAAAAGUUCAGAGGCCAGACAGUGGCUGUAGACACGUACUGUUGGCUGCACAAAGGAGCUUUUUCCUGUGCUGAGAAACUCGCCAAAGGGGAACCAACCGACCAGUAUGUGUGGUACUGCAUGAAAUUAGUGGACAUGCUGUUGGCUUUUGGAGUCAAACCAGUGCUGGUGUUUGAUGGGCGCAACCUACCGUCUAAAAAGGAAGUGGAAAAGGCUCGCAGAGAACGCAGAGAAACUAACCUCCAAAAAGGCAGACAGCUGCUGCGUGAAGGCAAAUUAUCAGAGGCCAGAGACUGUUUUAACCGAUGUGUGAACAUCACACCAGCCAUGGCUCAUAAUCUCAUUAAGACUGCCAGGGCUAAGGGUGUGGACUGCCUGGUGGCUCCAUAUGAAGCUGAUGCUCAGUUAGCUUACCUCACCAAAUCUGGUUUAGCACAGGCUGUCAUCACGGAAGAUUCUGACCUGUUGGCGUUUGGCUGUAAAAAGGUGAUCCUCAAAAUGGACAAGCAGGGCAAUGGUUUGGAGAUAGACCAAAGUCACCUGGGCCGCUGUCGCAGCCUGGGGAACAUCUUCACAGAGGAGAAGUUUCGAUACAUGUGCAUCCUCUCUGGCUGCGACUAUCUGGCCUCCCUGUACGGCAUCGGCCUAGGAAAGGCCUGCAAGCUGCUUCGGCUCGCCACAGACCCUGAUAUCCUCAAGGUGAUCAGAAAAAUGGGUCAGUACCUGAAAUCAAACCUAGUCAUUCCUGAAGAUUACAUUGAAGGCUUCAUACGAGCCAACAACACCUUCCUCUACCAGCUGGUCUUCGAUCCCAUCAGGAGGAAGGUCGUACCCCUCAACCCGUACCCGGAGCACAUUGACCCGGCUACUCUCACCUACGCUGGACUUAAUGUUGGAGAUGACAAAGGCUUUCAGAUGGCCUUGGGAAACCUUGACAUCAACACGAUGGAGAGGAUUGACAACUUCAACCCAGACAAACCUCUUCCACAGUCUAAGCAUCGCAGUCGGGGCUGGAAUGAUUCACCAGCGUCAUCUGCGCCAAGUAUUUGGCGUGUCGGCUCCAAACCGGCCCCUGCUGCCCCGCCCUGUUCUCAUGAGUCUCCAGACAGACCAUCCACCACCAGGGGGAAGGAGAGAGUCGUCAGCCUGGAAGGUCUGAGGCUGCCCUGCAGAGAGCUGCAGGUGAAAAGAGCAAGAGAAGACCCUGGUGUAUCAGAGCUGGACAUGCUGCAGCAGUACCCCUCCUCCUCCUCCUCGUCUUCAUCCUCUCAGAAACGAUUUAAGACUGACCAGCAGCCUAACGGAGCUAAAGUAACCUGUCACUCCAAACCACGCAACCGCUUUGCCACGCUGCUGCAGAGGAGGAACCAGGAAGCUGAGGAGGACGACCAGGCCACAUGUAGCAGAUUCUUCAGCAGCUCCGGCUCGUCAGCCAGUCAGAGCACUAAGGCUUGUGCUCAGGAGGACUUGAGUCACGGUGUAGAGUCCACAUCUGUCAGUACCACUGAGGAUAAGAACUCUCCCAGCACUCUGAACAAUGACAGUGAUGGUCCUGAUCUUCCAUCUCUGGAAACCCCCAGCCCCCCUCCAUCACCCCGCACUACGUCCCCAGGUUCAGCCAGUCGGGGCCUCAGAUUGUUCCACUAUUCCAGCAGCUCUGCUUCUACAGAACGAUCAAACACGCGCAAGUCAACCUCAGGACUCUUUGCCCUCCAGCAAUUUCAGUAUAAAAAAGAGAGUUUUCCCUCCUCUCCAAAGACACACACACCCUCAUGUCCAGCCACCACUAAUGGAAACUCGCAGGACAACCUUCCAGACUCCCCUCCUUCUCAGGACAGUGCCUACUUCUCCCAGUCCCAACCAUAUGACUCGUCCUACCAAGAGGAGGAAGUUUCCACCUAUAGCUUCCCCUCCUCCCAGAAGAAAGACAUCACAUCUGAAAUGAAUUCAGAGGCACAGCAGAGUCGUCCCACACACUCGGAUAAAAGAGCUGCCAGUCUAGGAUCAAAGGUUUCUGGUCUGUCCAAACUAGAGUCCAAGAGCCAUGACCGAGCAGCAAAGGUGUUGACGUUGGGUCCAGCCAGAGCCAGCGGGCUGAGGAAGAAAUCUGUGGGAUCAGGGAAGAAGGUCUCCUCCCCUAAUAAUGAGAACAGCCCUUGUGUCCAGUCCACCAUCAGCGGCCUCUGGAAGAACUUCAGCUUCAAAAAAGAUAACCACAAGAUAACGAGCUGUAAGGAAGGAACGCCAAAGCCCAUGUCUCCAGUCAAAGACAUGCUGGUCAGCUCAACAACAGACAUGAACUUAAUCAGCAGCUGCUGAUGGAUUCUUUGAAUGUUUCACACAACUGUCUGUGUGGGAGUGAAGCUUUUUAACAUACCACGUAUGUCGACAGAUUUCUCAUCCACUUUUGUUUCUUAAUGUGUUAUUUUUAAAUAAAGUCACCUGUCGUCUGA